AGGCUGUCUUCGGUCGAAGUAAUUGUAGAUGCUUUCAAGUACAUCCAGUCUCCAGCUGGGCUGUUGUAAAUGGCCUCUUUAGCUCAAUUCAUGACAAGGGAACGGGAACCUGACUUGGUGAUGUCACCUACUUCUUCUUCCUCUCCAAGGAAUAUUUUGAACCCCCUCCACCCACCAGAGGAGAAACUAUUUAUCUAAAUGUAUAUAUAGGGCACACAAGCAAAGAUAGUAAAGCAUGGAGACCCAAGCUUCCUGUGCAGCAAAACUAGUUUUAUAGCUUUUUUUUUCUUGUCAUCGGAUUCUUCUCCCUAGAACACAGAACAAUCUGAAACGAACUUCAAAAGCAAAUAACCGAAUUUUCCCAUUGAUCAAAUCAAGAUGCAGAGCUGUGCUGGUAUGCUGUUCCUGUCGUUAAUAUUGUGUACUGCUCUUUCAGAAACAUUUGGACUAGUUUUAUCGGCAAAGGAAAAGCGUGGCUGGACAUUGAAUAGCGCUGGUUAUCUACUUGGACCACAUGCAUUAGAAAAACCUGUAUUAGCAGGCAAACGCGACAUGAAUCAAGAUGAGAUUAAGACAGGUAACAUCCUGAGAACAUUAGCUGAUGAUAAUGCUGUGCGUACAGUGAUUGAAUUUUUGACAUACAUGCAUCUCAAAGAUAUUGGUGCACUUGAUAAACUACCAUCAUUGUCAUCUGAAGAAGCAAAUCAAUAACAUACCAGUAUAGGAUUUAUAAUACAAGAUCUGAUUAUGAAAUACUGGUGCAGUUUUUUGAGUGAUUUAAAUGAACAUCAUCAAAUACCAUGACUGCUAUUGUUUACAUUUAUCGAAGGAUAAUCUGCCAUUUAGUAAUGCAAUUUACUCUACUCUUUUUCUGCUAAAAUGUAUUUUUGUUUUGAUACAGUUUGUAUCUAAAGUAUAAAAAUAUAAUAAAAUAGCAACAGCAAAGCUGGCA